AUGGACAACGAGGAGCUCAACCUAAGUUUGUCGCUCCAGCCAUCAUAUCCUUCAAGGUUUCGGGCAGAGUUUUUGUGUUGCUAUUGCCCUAAGAGGUUCUGGAGCUCUCAGGCGUUAGGUGGCCACCAGAAUGCACACAAGCUCCAGCGUAACCUUGCAAAGAGGAAUCGAGAAGCUUUUCUAGCAAUAAGCCAAAGGAAGGGUGCAAAUGCUGGAAUAGAGGAUGGAAGCUCUGCUGAGUCUGCAUGCAAAAUUUCAGGUGGAAAGAAGCAUCAUGAAGAGGUCUGGCAGGCACUGCAAGGAUCAAGUGGUUCAUCAUCAUCAUCUGGUACAGUGAUGCACAAAGAUAUCAAACAGGAUGUACAAGAUGAAGAUCUAUCAAAUGGGAUGGUAGAUCUGUCCUUGAAGUUAUGA